AUGGAGAAGAGGGAAAGUAGCGGUCCUGUAGAACUACAGGGUCCUCCCUUGGUUGGAAAUCUCGAACAAAAUGGCAUUUAUAUCACAGAACAACUGAAUAAUGGAGCUGAGUUCAUGGAAAAAAAACCUACGGAUUACAAUGCAGUUGCAUAUUAUUAUACUGGGCUAAACAAGUAUAUCGUCUUUCUUCUCUACUGCAUUCCAAUAUCAGUUGCAUCAAGUAUUUAUUUUAAUUGGUCAUCCGUAUCACGUUUGUUGAUCAGGGCUGGUGUUUACGAAUGGCAUUGUUCAGAGGCUGAUAUAGCCGGGAAAACUGCGAGUCAAAUAAAAUGCGAAGCUCAGAGAUUGAAAAUAUCACAGCUGUUGGUAUUGACCAGAAGUUGUGAUAUGGUUGUUUCAGCGCUAACUGGAUUUUUAAUUGACAGAUUUAGUCAAAGAUAUGUGCUUUUAACUGGUAACGUCUUUUUGGCAAUGGGAUGGAUGUUGUUAGCAUUCAAUGGUAAAAGUAACCGUUUGGUCACGCUAGCAUUUUUCUGUAUUGGUUUAUGUGCAUCAUGCGUAUUCAUGUCUGCACUAAAUGUUAUUAACCUUUUUAAGGACAAUCGUGGGUUGGCAAUCUGCUUUAUUGUUAGUUUGGCAGAUGAUGUUUCUACUAAUAUUCCUCUCAUAUUGAAUGGAAUGUUUACCCUGCUCGGACCAAAUCACUUUAAAUAUGUUUGCAUAUUCUAUAUCUUUUUUGCAACUAUACCUACCACGAUUAUUGGAUUCACAGCCAUGCCCGUCAAGUCAUGGACGACAUGUAUCAAAGAAUACGAAACAUUAUCACAAGAUGCCAUGGAAGUCAAAUCUUCAGAAGAGGAAGGCAGCAAUCUCGUUGAAGCACUAGCUAACGAGGAGAUUAGUGGAUAUGUACAGCGCAAAAGCAGAUUUAAAAUGCUUUUAAGCGAUGGGUAUGAUCUAUUGAAACCAAUAAUACCCUAUGUAAUGAGCAAAUGCUUUUUUGUAACGUUCAUCUGCUUCAGUAUUACAAACUUUUCAAACUUGUUGAUGACAAACCUGUUUCUGAAAUAUUAUGAUAACAGUGAAAACAUUUUGUUUUUAUCCGAGAUACUCUUGUCUCUGCAGUUUGUGCCUGGGAUCAUGCUUGGAUAUCUAUUUGACAUCUUCCUUGUAUCAAGGGUGAAUUACACUCUCAAUGUUUUCUCAUUUGUCGCAUUAAUUCUCUUGUAUCUGCGAACUAAGGUCUCAGGUUACAUGUUCUGCCCUAUUCAAGCAAUGCUAAUAUGUGUUGACUUUUCGACGCUAAUGGUGUACAUUAAUCUAAUAUUCCCCGUGGAGCACAUGUCUACACUCACUGGAUUCACGCUAUUUUUGGAUGGAAUCGUCUCAUUAUUUACAUCACAAUUAGAUCGUGCACUGCUAAGAUCCAAAUCUUCAGCGCCAAUCUUUGUGGCAGCAUCAUUCGUCGCAACUCGUUUGCUUUUGUAUGUAUAUCUGCAUCAUUUGAUGAAGCCGAUGCAAGAACCCAUGAAACGCAGCGUAUCAGACGGAAGUGAUAUUGUGAUUGAGACACUAUAG